GGCGGUGCUCCGGCUGCUAUGACACCAUUCAAUAUGGAGUACAGAAAAUAGCUUGAUUCACUCUGCAUUUUCCAGCUCUCAUUCAGUUUUCCGACAAUUCCGCUGGUCGUUGAGAAAUUAUCCGCGCUCUCCUUUGAAAACACGGCGACAGGACUCGCUCAUCUACAUUGUGGCCACCAAACGCUCUCGGUAUCCGGAAGGGGAUUUGAAUACUACUGACCACACUCUCCUGUGAAAUUAACCACAACUUUUGCAGACGGCGUUAGUAGGUGAAAGGUGACGCCGCUCCAGUUUGCUGUUGAUUCAUAGAAUGCGCAAUGUGGCGAGUGCCUCAGUCUCUCUGGGUUCCCUGGGUCUGCUGCGUCUCUUCGGGGUGUCCUGGUCCUGGAGUCUGGCAGCAGGCCUCGGGGUCUAUCUGGGCACAAGCAGUUGGAAAUACUUCUACAUUGCUGCACGCACUGCCAAGAGAGACCUCAAUGGCCUUUAUGUGCUGCUGAGAGUGAAGCUGGCCUUGUGGCGUCACAUGCGAUGUGGAAGCACCAUUCCUUCCAUCUUUGCCCAGACAGUAAAACUACACCCAAACAAACCAGCUCUGAUCUAUGAGGCAACAGGGGAAACGUGGACCUUCACCCAGCUAGACCAGCUGUGUAACUCGGUGGCCCAGUGGGCGAGAGGCCAGGGAUGGGUCUCCGGCGAUGUGGUGGCUAUCUUCAUGGAGAGCAGGCCACUACAGGUGGCCCUGUGGCUGGGCCUGGCCAAGGUGGGGGUGGAAUCUGCACUGAUUAACUUCAACCUUCGUCGUGAUUCCCUCCUCCACUGUAUUGGAGUAUCAGGAUCACGGGGCAUUGUGUUCGGAGCUGAGCUGGCCGAUGCCAUGUUGGAGGUGAGUUCCAGCCUGGCUGAAUCCAUGGUACGGUUUUGCACAGGGGAGCUCAGUGCAGAACAGCUGGCCCGUCUGGGUGCCCAACCACUGGAUCCCAUUUUAGCCUCUGCCUCUAAACUCCCUCCUCCUCCUUGCCUUCUUCCCAAAGGCUUCAGUGACCGCUUGUUUUAUAUUUACACUUCUGGCACCACAGGACUGCCCAAAGCUGCCAUUGUGGUACACAGUCGUUACUACAGAAUUGCUGCUUUUGGGUAUUACGCCUUCCGCAUGCGGCAUGAUGACAUCAUCUACGACUGCCUGCCCCUGUAUCACUCAGCUGGUAACAUCAUGGGAGUUGGUCAGUGUCUGAUCAAUGGCCUCACCGUGGUAGUGAAGAAGAAAUUUUCAGCUAGCCGUUUCUGGGAAGACUGCAUCAAGUACAACUGCACUGUGGUGCAGUACAUUGGGGAAAUCUGCCGCUACUUACUCUCCCAGCCAGUGCGCCCAUCCGAAAAGGGCCACCGGGUUCGUCUGGCACUCGGGAACGGGUUGCGCCCUAGCGUGUGGGAGGCCUUCACAGAGCGUUUUGGGGUGGCACAGAUCGGCGAGUUCUAUGGAGCCACUGAGUGUAACUGUAGUAUUGCCAACAUGGACGGCAAGGUGGGAGCCUGUGGCUUCAACAGUCGCAUUCUCCCCAAUGUGUACCCUAUCCGCCUGGUGAAGGUUGACGAGGAGACCAUGGAGCUGGUUCGCAACAGCCAGGGUCUUUGUGUGCCUUGCCGCCCAGGGGAGCCAGGGCUUCUGGUGGGUCGGAUCAACCAGCAGGAUCCACUGCGGCGCUUUGACGGCUAUGCAAGUCAGGAUGCCACAAGGAAGAAGAUAGCCCACAAUGUCUUCAAGAAAAAUGACUCUGCAUACCUAUCAGGUGAUGUGCUGGUGAUGGAUGAGCUGGGCUACAUGUACUUUCGGGACCGUGGUGGUGACACAUUCCGCUGGCGAGGGGAAAACGUUUCCACCACUGAGGUGGAGGGCACACUCAGUGGUCUUCUAGGUCAAACAGAUGUGGCUGUUUAUGGGGUGGCAGUUCCAGGUGUGGAAGGAAAGGCAGGCAUGGCUGCCAUAGCAGACACUAUGGGAAGUUUUGACUGCACUGCUUUCUUUCGUGAGGUUCAACGUGUCCUGCCUCCUUAUGCACGACCUGUGUUUUUACGAAUCUCCCCACAUGUAGACACCACAGGUACAUUUAAAAUACAGAAGAUCAGGCUGCAGAGGGAAGGAUAUGACCCACGUCUCACAACUGAUCAGAUCUACUUUUUAAAUGCUAGAGCUGGGCGUUAUGAGGCUGUGGAUGAAGAGCUAUACAACGCUAUAGUGGAAGGAAGAAUGUCUCUAUGAGAUGAAGGGUGCUGGCGGGGCAGUCAGGGUACCUCAGAUAAGAUGCUGAUACAGAUGCUGCAGAAAGAGGACACAUUUUUCUGCUGGUGUGAACAUCAGUCUUAGUUCUCUCUGCAUCCCCUCCCUGGAUUUUAACCCUUCAGGGAUACUAGAUGGAAGGGCUACUUAUGUAGGCAGCCAUAGCAUUGUGGCAGGUAACAUUUUAACACUGUAUGAAUAACACACCAGGACAUAAGGCGUUGGAAUUUGUUCCCUCAUUCUCUAAAUAUUUCCCUCUUGUAGUUUAGACAAACGAACACCUCAAAAGCCUUUGGGCUUCAACAUGUAUAAAGUGAGCAUCCUGAAGAUCCUGCUUGAAAUAGGAAAAAUGUUACAAUAAGAACUUUACUCUGCUGAUUACACCAGCAUGAAGACGUAUCAAGAAAAACUUUGAGUCAGAGGGUAUGCACCCUUUCUGAAAUAUGCUGCAACAAUAAUCAUGUCUGUAGGUUUAAGCAAUGCGUGUGAAGUCAUGGACUUACUACUAUGUUAGCAUGAGGUUGUAAAGAGCUGAAUGCAACCUGCAAUACAUGUGGCCACUAGAUUCAACACUAACCAGAGUUUUUUAAUACACUGUUACAUACUGAAGGAAAGAUGAAGCCCUUUUACUUACCAUGUUUGAAGUAAUGAAUAUUAUGCAAUGGCAUGGGUUUGCAAGCACACGUUGUUGCGAUAUGUGCCUUAUAAGAAUUUUAACAACUCUGUUCCAUAACAUUUGUUUGACACUGACCCUGAAAAAAACCUCAGAACAAUGUGAAUAUCACAGAAGUAAAUCAGAUUCAUGUCACAUAAAGCUCAGUCAUACACGGUGAUUGUUAUUCUGUGUAACAAAUGUCUCAUCAUUUCAGUAUUAUAGGUAUAAAUCAUAGUGUACCUAGGCAUUUCACAUCUUCUGGCACACAUGCUUGGUUGUAACUCAUUAAAUAUUUUAAAACAA